ACCCUUUCCUUUGGAGUUCUGAGUAUGGGUCACUGAGUUCUCAAUGGAGCUGAUCAGUGGGAAUCUUUUAUCUGUCUGUAAACUCGAGAAGGGUUUUUUUUUUUUUAAAGAGCUAUGGAAAUCAUUUUUUGUUUUCCUACUUUUCUUUUAGGAUGAUUUACACAAAGCCACAGACUCUAAAGCCAUCGAGAAGUGACGUCCUUAUGAUGACUCCAUGGUUUGCUCCAAUAGUUUGGGAAGGGACCUAUAACUCCGAGAUCCUGAAUGAGCAGUUCCGACGAAGGAAUGUCACUGUUGGACUGACAGUGUUUGCUAUCAAAAAGUAUACAGUCUUCCUAAACAAGUUUUUAGAAACUGCAGAGACGUACUUUAUGGUUGGACAUAGGGUGAACUAUUACAUUUUCACAGACAGACCAGAAGAAGUUCCUAAAGUUCCACUCAAAGAAGGAAGGAAUGUAGUGGUUCUGCAAGUCCAAAACUACCCUAGGUGGCAAGAAAUCUCUAUGCGACGAAUGGAAUUGAUCAACUCCUUCUCUCAGCAGCGGUUCAUUAAUGAGGUCAGCUACCUAGUGUGUGUGGAUGUAGACAUGAGGUUUAAUGACCAAGUUGGAGUGGAGAUCCUGAGCAACUUGUUUGGCACAUUACACCCACAUUUCUAUGCUGCAGAGCGUCAGUCUUUCACCUAUGAACGUCGACCUGCUUCUCAAGCUUAUGUGCCCAGAGAUGAGGGUGACUUCUACUAUGCUGGAGGCUUUUUUGGAGGAACAGUAAUGGAGGUUUACAAGUUGACCAAGAAAUGCCAUGAAGCCAUGAUGGUGGACAAAGCCAAAGGAAUUGAGGCAAUCUGGCAAGAUGAGAGUUACUUAAACAAGUAUUUUGUUUACUACAAACCAACCAAAAUACUUUCUCCGGAAUACCUGUGGGAUGACGAUCUAGGUAGGCCAGAGAUCCUUAAGAAAAUAAGGUUUCUUGCUCUACCAAAGAACCAUGCUGCAAUCAGAAAUAAAUGAAGUUCCUCUCAGACUGGCCUUAGUGCGAACGAACAUAACUGAUAUUGUAGGUUUCCUUGGUUGAUGAAAAUAUACAGACAAUUAAUAAAGCUCCAUAACUUUUUCUGACA